AUGACGGAGCCGACAGCGAGCACGUCAAAGAUCGACGAGCCGGCUGAUGCGCCUGCAGUCGUGUUGACAAAAUCCGCUCAGAAGCGAUUAGCUCGUCAAGCCAAGUUUGCAGAGCAGAGGGAAGCUCGCAAGGAGUACAAGAAAGAUGCAAAGAAGCGCAAGAAGGACGCUGCUCGAAGGGAGCGGGAGGCAGACCCAGAUGCGUACGCAGCUGCAAAGCGGAAACCCCCUGCCGAGCCUAAGGAACCUCAAGAACUGUUUGAUUGCGGCUUGAUCAUCGACUGCUCCUUCGAUGACAAGAUGCUUGACAAGGAAAUUUUGAGCAUGGAGAGGCAAUUGUCACAUAGCUAUUCAGCAAAUCGCAAUACGACCCGGCCCAUGCACCUUGUCCUCACCACACUCAAAGGCAGACUGCUCGACAGGCUAGAGAGCCUCAAUGAUGGCGCAUACAAACGAUGGAAGGGUGUCUAUUCGACCCAUGAAUCCCUCGAGUCUGUGUGGUCAGACUCACUUGACGCGCCAGAUCAGCCACAGACAGCGAUCGAGCCUGAAGACCGUGUAACGGCCGACCAGACAACGACAGAGGAUGUCUUUGAAUCAGAAGCAGGCCUAUCUCGUUCUGCUAAGCGCUUGAAGCUGUCAAAACCAUACCGGUGUCCCAAAGACAGGGUCGUCUAUCUCACGGCAGACUCGGAGAACGUCGUCACGGCGCUCGAAGAAGGGACUGCUUACAUCAUAGGCGGCAUAGUCGAUCGCAAUCGAUACAAGAACUUGUGCUUAGAUGUUGCGAACGAGCUCGGAAUCAAACAUGCCCGGCUGCCAAUAGGCGAAUACAUCGACAUGCAGACGCGCAAAGUGCUCACCGUCAACCAAGUCGUAGACAUAAUGCUCAAAUGGGUCCUAUUGCACGAUUGGAAAGAAGCUUUCGAAGCUGUCAUACCUACGCGCAAAUUCCUGGCUCCAGAGGAGACAAAGCGCGCCAAGAAACGACGUCGGCUCAAUCCCGGGCAAGAAGCUACAGGUCUCAACACGACCGAUCCGAGUACUCCCCUCGAUAUCUCAGACGGAGAGGAGGACGCGCUUGAUGAUCGAGCUAGCCAGCCGGUUAGCGAACAGGAGAGCUAG